AUGUGCGGUUUCAAAUCAUUCAAGAGAAGUACACUUUCUUCUCAUGUGACACGGAAGCACAAACGUAAACGUGAAGAAAAAACUAUGAGUGCCAUGAUCGAGGAGUAUUGUUGCAACACUUGUGCGUACAAGACCUGCAAGAAGGAAAAUCUCCAGGCCCAUGUACUAGGACAUAAGGAAGUGGUGGACGAAGGCCCCUCACUCUCCUGUAAUUCCUGCGAAUUUAAGUGUGAAAAAGGCGUGCCGUUGGCCUCCUAUGUAGUGGACAAACAUAAAGCGGCCGAGGAGUUCAGAUGCGACGUUUGCGACUUCAAGUGCUUCAAAAAGAGCACCAUGUAUUCUCAUAAGCGUAGGCACAGAGCAGAUAGUGAUGGCAAAAUUUACAAUUGCAACGAAUGCAAAUUCAAAACCACCAAAAAAACUUCUCUUUAUUCGCACAUCAAAAGGAAGCACAAAGUACUAACAAAAAACGACGCUGGUAUGGAACAAGUUACAGAAUAUUUUUACUGCAACCAGUGCGAGUACAAGAAUAAAAAUAAGUAUGAAUUGAAAGUGCAUGUCGCAAGGAAACACACAGAUGAUUUCAAGUUUUCGUGCGAAACUUGCGGGAAGAAAUUUAAGGUCAAAGGUGACUUGACCAACCAUAUAAGAUUCAAUCACAAGGAGGGACCAGUUAUAUGUGAUGUGUGUGGCAAAACAUGCCUGAACAGCAAUUCUCUCUAUGUGCAUCAAAAGUUUGCUCAUUACAAAGCUAAAUACGAAUGUCAUAUUUGUAAAAGGCGGCUCGUCACCCAAGAAAAUCUCAAUGAACACAUGCUGCGACAGCAUGAGAAACGGGAGAAUGUUGUAUGCGAGGAAUGUGGAAAGACGUUUUCACGGAACAGCCGAUUGAAAGUUCACAUGAGAAUUCAUACAGGUGAUAAACCAUAUACCUGCAAUGUAUGCGGCAAAUCAUUUGCUAGGCGGACAGCCCUCAAACAACACCUCCUAAUACACACGGGAAUUCGUCCCUACGUCUGUGACAUUUGUGGCAAGUCUUUCACCCAAAAACCAGGGCUCAUCAGCCAUCGCAAGUCUCAUCCCGGGAUUCAUCCUCCCCUACCAAGAGUUCUCAUAGAUCACAUCUUGAACGACGUUAUGAAUAACUGA